AAGAUGCUCUUCCCCACAUCCUCGCCCAGUGCCCACGGCCUCCCCAGUGCCGGCGACCUGUGCCUUGGUCUGCAGGCCCUCAGCUUCAGGGGCUGGAAACAGCCCUGGAGCACCCAGGACUCUGACUCUUCAGCCUCAAGCAGCUCACACCCCGUACUUGGCAUGCCCCAGGUCCCACUGGGCAAUGCCCUGGGGAAGUCCCCCUUGAGUUUCCGGCCUCUGGAUCCCCUGGGAUUGGAUGUGGCCAAGUUCCCGUCUCCCACUGUUCGUGGGGCCCACCUGAAAUCACGCUGUAGCAGCCCCUCUGACUCGGACACCACCAGCAGCUUCAGCUCUGGCUCCGACUACUUCUCCGAUCUCAUUUCCAGCCUCCGCAUCUCCCCGCCUCUGCCCUUCCUGUCUCUGACUGGGGGUGGUCCCAGAGACCCCUUACAGAUGAGGGUCGGAUCCCGGAUGGACCAGGAGUUAGCCGCGACCACCGCUGUCACGCCCUCCUCCUCCAAUGCAUCCAAGAGGUGGCCUGGAGCGUCCAUGUGGCCCUCCUGGGAGCUCCUGGAGGCACCUAAAGACCCCUUCAACAUAGAGCGGGAGGCCAGGCUGCACCGCCAGGCUGCAGCUGUGAAUGAAGCUACAUACACCUGGAGCGGGCAGCUUCCUCCACGUAACUACAAGAACCCAACCUACUCCUGCAAGGUGUUUCUGGGAGGCGUCCCCUGGGACAUCACGGAAGCCGGGUUGGUUAGCACCUUUCGUGUGUUUGGUGCUCUGACUGUGGAGUGGCCUGGUAAGGAUGGCAAGCACCCGCGGUGCCCGCCCAAAGGUAACGUACCCAGAGGCUAUGUAUACCUGGUCUUUGAGCUGGAGAAGUCGAUCCACGCCCUGCUGCAGGUCUGCUCCCAUGACCCGCUGAGCCCUGACAGCCUGAGCGAGUACUACUUCAAGAUGUCCACCCGCAGGACCCGCUGCAAGGAGGUCCAGGUGAUCCCCUGGGCUGUGGCCAACAGCAGCUUUGUGCGGAGCCCAUCCAUGAGGCUGGACCUCAGCAGGACUGUGUUCGUGGGUGCACUGCAUGGCAUGCUCAACGCAGAGGCACUGGUGGCCAUCUUCAAUGACCUUUUUGGAUGUGUGGUGUACGCCAGCAUUGACACCGACAAGCACAAGUACCCCAUUGGGUCCGGACGUGUGACUUUCAGCAACCAGCGCAGUUACCUGAAAGCUGUCAGCGCCGCCUUUGUUGAGAUCAAAACCACCAAAUUCAACAAGAAGAUCCAGAUCGACCCUUACCUGGAGGACUCCUUGUGCCAGAUCUGCAGCUCCCAGUCUGGCCCCUUCUUUUGCCGGGACCAGGUGUGCUUCAAGUACUUCUGCCGGAGCUGCUGGCACUGGCAGCACAGCAUGGGCGGUCUAGGUCACCACAGCCCCUUGAUGCGGAACCAGAAGAACCGGGAGUCGAGCUAGGAGAGCUGGUCUGGCCAGAGGCCCACGCACCCUAAGCCGGCCGGCUGGGCAGCAGCCUGCAACCCUGCAUGGUGACCAGGGAGCUGCUUCCUGAAGACAAGGGAAAACCACAGUCACCUUUGCACUUUCUGAGUCUUUGUUUCUGCACUAAGUAAUGCACAAUGAGUUUUGUCAGGUUUCUUUUAGGGGCUGUGCCAGAGCAAGCGCCCUCAGGCUCACCCUCCAAGUGACUCUGUAGUUCCCAGAUUUUAGUUCCUCAUUUUGCCAAUGAAAAGCAAAAAAAAAAAAAAAAAAAAGAACUAUGUGUCCAGGAGGAGCCGCCAUGAUGCCUCUUUAUUGAAAGCGCUUUUUACAUUUGUUGCGAUCCUGGCGGUGACGUCGGCCUCCCUGCCCUCGUUCUGCGGUCGCCAUACAGUGCCUUUCCAUUGAUUUACCCCCACCUGGACGGCAUAAACUGAGUGUUCAGCUGGUGUUUUUUACUGUAAACAAGGAAACUUUGC